AUGGCGACUUCAGCCUACAUCCCUCGAGGUCCAACAACCGCAACUCUUACAUUCUAUGCACCGCCGCUAGACGGUGCCGCUCCAUACAACUACGUCGAAUCACCACCCCCAGGCCAACCUCAACGGAACUAUACAGAGCACCCCCAAUCAGUCCCUCUCACCGACAUCCGCAGCUCCGAGUCGAGCUUCACCCUCGAGAAAGAUGCGUUCCAAGCUCUACGACACAUCUCAUCCAAAACAAAUUAUCAAACAUUCAACUCGGAUACCUCCAUCCGUGAAGACUACUAUCCAGAAGUGGAAUCACUCCUGCUAUCCUCAAUCCCAAACACCCACAAAGUAAUAAUCUUCGACCACACGAUCCGAAGACAGAAAGACGGCGCUCCUCGUCAACCAGUGAAUCGCGCUCAUGUGGAUCAGACACCACGCGCAGCCGCAGACCGCGUGCGCCUCCAUGCCGAUGACGCAGAGGUCGAGAAGCUACUCGAGGGCCGAUACCGCAUCGUCAAUGUGUGGCGCUCGAUAACAGAUGAACCUGUACAGUCUGCUCCGCUGGCUUUUGCGUCGGCGAGCUCCGUGCUUGCUGAUAACCUGGUGCCUGUUCAGCAUCGGUAUCCGAAUCGCACGGGCGAGACUCUAGGUGUCAAAUUUGACAAGGGCCAGAAGUGGUUUUAUUGGUCUGGCAUGACGAGUGACGAAAGGUUGCUGCUUAAGUGCUCAGAUUCAGAGGCUGUGCGGAAUCCAGGGAGUGAGAUUGGGCAGUGGGUGCCGCAUACGGCAUUUUGGGAUGAGAGGACGCCCGACGGGGCGAAGGGGAGGGAGAGUAUUGAGGUGAGAGCUUUAGUUUUUGGGUAG